CAUACAAAUGUGCAUGCUAUAGAAAUCCAGCAAGUCUGAUGGAUCCUUGGGCAACCCCGCAGUCAAAGAUCCUCACAAUUAUUAAUGAUGACUACAUGAAAAUGCUGCGGAAAGAGGAAGGUGCCCAACUGACUGCAGCAGUAAAGACCACCGACGACAAAAACGUCAAUGGCAACACUUUAGUCAAAAAGUUUCAAAAUUUGGUCCGCAGAAAUGGAAACGUAUUCAGUCGGGUAAAACUGAAGAGAAACAAUUCUUUCGGGGGGAGAAAGUCGUCUCAUCGUAUCAUCAACGUAGAAACUCAAAAGUCUUCUGCAGAUAACGUGACCAAUGUCGAUGGGAUAGCAAACAUGUCCUCCAACAAUGGCAAGCAGUCGACCGAUAGCGAAAUUCGUGGAAAGAAGAAAGGUUUUAAGGAUUCACUAAAAGAUGUCCAGUGGUGGAAUCCAGAGGAAGAAAGUAUGCCAAUUGACUUUUGCAGAGAUACGAGUCUUCACGGAUUAAAAUAUAUUGGCCAGCAAAAUCGACACAUUUCUGAAAGAAUUUUCUGGAUGGGAGCGUUCAUUCUUGGCCUAACAAUUGCAACCAUUUUAAUCACUGAUGUUUGGAACAAAUACAACAACAGCCCAAUUAUAGUUUCGUUCGAACCGACACAAAUAUCUGUGGACCGAGUCCCAUUUCCUGCAAUCACAGUCUGCAACAUGAACAAAGUGCUAAAAUCAAAAGCGGAAGAAUACAUUGCGAGAGCACAAAAUGAGGAUUCGUUUGACGCAAAAGCUGACGUAUUUUACUUGGACCAUGUUUGCACAGCGACAAAAAGUUUUACGAGUCAGUUCAAUUUUACUACUGGUUCGUACGGACCAAUUGUUCGAGCCCUUAUCAAAGAUGUUGAUUCGCUCGACUUGACAAAAGUUAACGAAUUUUUAAGAAAGGCGUCUCAAAACUGCAGUGACAUGAUACCCUUGUGUAUUUGGCAGGAUCAAGAAUAUAAAAACUGUUCACAACUAUUUCGACCAAUUGAGACAGAAUUUGGAAAAUGCUGUACUUUUAAUAUGAUGCCACAGUCAGAGCUGUACAAACUGAGGAACGAUACUCGUGACGACGAGACCGAAGUUAAGGAAUGGAUGCAAUGGAACGUUGAAAGCGGUGGGUCCGCCGGGGCUGAAGGGGUCUUGCUAAAUAACAAAAUUGGAAAUUUUCCUCGUCGCCAAAUGGAGGCUGGAAAAUCGUACGGACUUUCCUUCCUCCUUAAUCCCAAUUUGGAAGAGUAUUUUUGCACCACGUCAGAUUCUACGGGAUUUCGUUUACAAACUCAUUGGCCGACAGAUACGCCGCAUGUCACCGAUUUUGGGAUCAGUAUUCGUACCAAGGCUGAAGUUUUCGUUAAUGUGAAGCCCGAUAUUACGUUGGUGGACCCUUCAGUUUUUAAAUUCGACAAGAGUAUCAGACAAUGCUACAAACCGGGUGAAUAUGCGCUGCAGUAUUUCAAUUAUUACACCCCCAGCAACUGCGUCGACGAGUGUAUAGCAAACGAAACGCUGAAGGAAUGUAACUGCAAACGGUACUACAUGCCCAGGAGUGAUAAUCAAUCUCUUUGUGGAGGCAAUCGUGUCUGUGCUGAAAAUGUGAAAUUGAAUAUGACCAGAUUUGGGGCUAAAAGUGAGUGCAAUCAAUGUUUACCGAGUUGCAUGGAGAUUGGGUAUGAAUCUCAAACCACGUUGACACCCUUGCAAGAUAGUCUCUGGGUAAAUGAAGAUGGGACGCAGGACAGUUUCUCGAUUAAUGGCAACGUCACAAUCGUGCACGUCUUUAUCGGACAGGAUUCCACGUAUGCAAAAGUUCGGAAAGAAUUAUUCGGAACGACAGAUCUUUUAUCCAACACGGGUGGGCUAAUGGGGCUAUGCUUAGGAUUUAGUGGUUUGUCCCUCAUGGAAGUAAUUUACUUUUUCACCCUCCGUGCUUGGUGGGCAUCCAAAAGAAAGGACGAGAUUCGUAGGAAAGUAACCAAAAAGAUAAAAUCUGCGUGGGCUAAGGUCAAAACCCUCCAACUUUUCCGGAAUGGUCAGUCCGUCCUGGACAAACAGGCAGAACACGAAGUCCAAGAGUUGGAGAAAGCUGUGGGGUCUUCGCCAUGCAAAUUACACGUUUCUCCCGUCUACCAAAACGACACCUUUUCCGUCGAGAUGAGAAAUGAGACAAAUCAACAAAAUGAUAUCGGACUGGGUCAACGAAACAGAUUCGCAAAUUCUGCAAAAUCGGCAGAACGGCAUAAUCGGGAGAAUGUGAAUUCUGCAAAAAAUGAAGUAAAAAUUAGACCGGAUGUCGGCAUGAAUUAUAAAUCUAUUUUGGGCGAGAUUUAAAGAUCUUAUGAUCUGGAUAAUUAACUAAUUAUUCUAAUUUUUCUUUAAUAACUUGUAUGUAAAUAAUUGUCCAAGUUUUGGCAAAAAUUAACUUGAGUAAAUGUCAUAUGUUCUCGGAAGUCAUUCAUCUCGAGGUCACAUUGUAUCAAAUGACGCUAAUUUGUCCACCAGAUUGUCACUCUGAGCAGAAGACGCAAUAACCUUUCACGACACAUUUAAGUAGAGAAGGUUGGACAUUUGGUUAUUAUGCAGUGGCCGCGGAAGCUGUGGGGACAUGUGCGGAAAUUAAAAUUGUUAUGGGAUGGAGGGGUUUAUAUAACAUGGGGACAUCGAAUAACCGUGUGGACAUUGUCCCUCUGUCCCCUCAAGCUUCCGCGGCCACUGUUCUUACUUACAAUUAGUAUCCUGAUAUGCACAGAUAAUUUUCCUCAUCCACUUAUUUCCGAUAUCACCACCAUUUGAUUCGUCCCAUCAAGAUAAUUGACGUAAAUUGCAUCUUUAUCCCAUAUCCGAGUUCCCUAGAUCUUAUCA